GUUCAACUAUAUCCGUUGAUAUUUGACCCCAUCGGUAAUAUGUAUUCGUCUUCCUCAUCCAGCCUUCAUUUAGCCAAGAACGUAGAAGUUACAGAAAGCAAUAAUGGCUUCCAGUGCAAUGAUGAUGAGCUGCGGCGGUGUACCCGCUGUUUGCUCCUCACUUCUCUCUUCUUCCAAGUCCAAAUUCGCCUCCUCCCUGCCGUUGACCGGAAUCCCUGCAAAUGUGACCACCGCCAGGGCCACCAUGUCCGCUGACUGGAUGCCCGGCCAGCCCCGCCCACCCUACCUCGAUGGAUCUGCGCCUGGAGACUAUGGGUUCGACCCACUUGGACUAGGGGAGGUGCCGGGAAUCCUUGAGAGAUACAAGGAAUCUGAACUUAUCCAUUGCAGAUGGGCUAUGCUUGCUGUGCCUGGUAUGAUAAUCCCAGAGGCAAUGGGGUUGGGGAAUUGGGUGAAGGCACAAGAGUGGGCAGCAAUUCCAGGAGGGCAGGGGACAUACCUAGGGCAGCCCGUCCCGUGGGGCACCCUCCCCACCAUCCUCGUCAUCGAGUUUCUCGCCAUUGCAUUUGUAGAGCACCAAAGAAGCAUGGAGAAAGACGCGGAGAAGAAGAAGUACCCCGGUGGAGCUUUCGAUCCCUUAGGCUACUCCAAGCAGGAUCCUGCAAAGUUCCAUGAGCUCAAGGUCAAGGAAAUCAAGAACGGACGGCUAGCAUUGUUGGCAUUUGUAGGAAUAUGCGUUCAACAGUCGGCGUACCCGGGAACAGGACCGCUGGAGAACUUGGCAGCUCACUUAGCUGAUCCAUGGCACACCAACAUCGGAGACAUAAUUAUCCCUCCUACUGUGUUCCCUUAGAUAAAAACAAAGUUACAGGCGUAAUAAAUUUACUUGUGAUCUUAUUUGAUUAUGAAUUUAAAGGUGAUCGAUGGAUCAGAUGGUGUAAAUCUCCCGUGAAAGGGUUAACUAUGUAUUGGCAUCCAGUUGAGUUUUACUUAUGCAUCAUCAUUAUUCAUUAGUGUAAUGCCAGGCAAUGCUGAGUGGGCAUUUUGGUGAAACAUAUCUGGUACAUGUAAAUAUGUAAUCGUCACUUGAUGUGUCAUAUAAUGAUGACUAAUGGCAUCCAAUGUAGUUUUACUUGUGCAUCAUUCCACCUCUAAUGUAAUUAUAUGGUAAUGUUAAGCUUGUGCUAUGUAAGGAGUACUUAAGGUAAUGUAGGGUUUUGAGAGUUCUUGGCCGAGUUUCUCAGAGUUACAUCGGAGAGAAGGAUUCGAUUUCUUGUACUUAUAAAUGAUAUGGCAAUAACUUGCCGGAAUUAAGGGGGCUAUGGAAAUUUGGUGCUGCUGCACAGGCUAUCGUUGGAUGGUUGGCUUCUUAGUCCUAGGAGUUUGGGAAUAAUAUUGGCCGUUUUGAACGUUUGGAUGAGAAUUAAGAACACGUUUGGUGGAUCUUUGAAGGGUUUGUGAGGAUUUGCAUAUCCUGAUAUCCCUUAAUAUUGAGAAACCCUUAUAAUGCAGGUUUAAAGUCCACAAUAAAGGAGGUGAUUGGUUCUGGGUGAACUUUGAUCCGAGAUAUUAAAUAUAUUUAUAUGUGUGGAUUAGUGUUUGGAUGAAGCAGAUCUGAGGAGAGGCAAAGCAAUGAGGGCAAUAAAAGGAUAGUGCAUGAUAGAUGAGGAGCUGGGGGAGAUGGGGUGAGUUGGUGAUGACGAGAUCACGAGACAUGUGUGGAUAAAGAAUGGGGAAUGUUGAAAGAUUUCUGUUGUCGUAAAAGUCCAACACAAUUACACAACAGAGUUGAGAUCAUUGAGUAGAGAUGAUUCUAACCCGAAGUUCUCCAACGUAGGGUGGACCCGGACCGAUUCAGACUCGGUCCGUGAUCGACCAGUCGCCCGGAAAAAAUAUAAGGACCGGGACCGGCCCGCCAUAUUCCAUGCAGAUUAUAGUCCGGUCUGAUUCCUCCCUUUUUAUUUUUCUAAAAUCAUUUUUUCAAAGUGUAAAAAUGUAAAGACAAAAGAUUAUUCGAAUUAUUUAAAUUGGAUUUCAAUAGCAAGUGUUCC